AUGUCAGGGAUUAUCCAUAAGAUCGAGGAGAAGCUCCACAUUGGAGGAGACCACAAGGAGGAGGAACACAAGAAGGACGACAAGCAUCAUCAUAAUGAGCACCGCAAGGAGGAGAAGCACCACAAGGAAGGGGAGGGAGGAAUGAUGAAUAAGAUCAAGGAGAAGAUCCAUGGCGGAGAGGAGCAUGGGGAGAAGAAGGAGAAGAAGAAGAAGAAGGAGAGGAAGCAUGGUGCGGAGCAUGAUGGCCACAGCAGCAGCAGCAGCAGCGACAGCGACUGA